AUGGAAUUUCCACCAGAUCAUUCCAGGACUCUUUGGGUAUAUGGAUGCCAGGGACUGGGGCGAAGCUUUCACCAGAACAGAAUUAAAAAAAACUCUGCUUCAACAGUACCUCCUCCUGUUCCACAAUCACCAACACUUCCUUUACUUCAGGACCCAAAUCUUCUUAGACAGUUGCUUCCUGUUUUACAAGCCACACUACAGCUUAAUAAUUUUAAUGUGGAUAUAUCCAAGAUAAAUGAAACUCUUACAGCAGCUGCGACACACGCUUCCCUGCAGUCUAUCCUCCACAAGUUUCUUACUGCUGGACCAUCUGCCUUCAACAUCACCUCCCUGAUUUCUCAAGCUGCCCAGCUCUCUACACAAGCCUGUCCAUCUAAUCAGGCUCCAAGGUCUCUAAUGUCCGAUGCUUCAUCCCCAAGUUCCUAUGUGUCUUCAAGAAUAAGCACACCUCAGGCUAACACAGUCCCUAUCAAACCUUUGAUUAGUACUCCACCUGUUUCAUCACAGCCGAAGGUUAGUACUCCAGUACUUAAGCAAGGACCAGUAUCCCAAUCGGCCACACAGCAGCCUGUAACUGCUGACAAGCAGCAGGGUCAUGAGCCUGUCUCUCCUCGAAGUCUUCAGCGCUUAAGCAGCCAGAGAAGUCCAUCACCUGGUCCAAACCAUACUUCCAGUAGUAAUGCAUCAAAUGCAACAGUUGUGCCACAGAAUGCAUCUGCUCGGCCUGCGUGUUCAUUAACACCUACGCCAGCAGCACACUUCAAUGACAAUCUCAUAAAACAUGUUCAAGGGUGGCCUGCGGACCAUGCAGAGAAACAGGCAUCAAGAUUGCGUGAAGAAGCCCAUAAUAUGGGAAGUGUUCACAUGUCAGAAAUAUGUACUGAAUUAAAAAAUUUGAGAUCUUUAGUUCGAGUAUGUGAAAUUCAAGCAACUUUGCGAGAGCAGAGGAUACUGUUUUUGAGACAAGAAAUAAAGGAACUCGAAAAGCUAAAAAUUCAGAAUUCCUUCAUGGUUAGAAGAUGUGAAUAACAGCACAUGAUAUCCUACAGGAACUGUAAAUCUCUU